AUGAUAAUAGCUUUUCUGCAUAUCUUAGUAUUAACAAAUAUCUUAAUAAAUAUAAAGCUUCUUAUGGAGAUUUAGACCAGAUUCUCACUCUUCUUUUACCAAAUUAUUAUGAAUCUCAUGGAAUUUUAGCUGCUUAAAUUAUUGUAUUUGCAGUAUAUGAUUAUACUUAGAUUAUGAAAUAGAGAAUUUAAGGAGUUAUUUAAUUAAUAUAGAGAUCAAAGAUUAGCUUAAUAAAUCUUAAAUCGAAAUUGUUAAGGUCUAAAUUAAAGAUGUCAAUUCAGAAAGAUAUUUCACUUAUUAUGAAUAGAAUCUAUACUUGAUUAUCUCUAUCUUUUUAUUUAGGGAAUCUUACUAUUCCAAAAAUCCAUAAGUAGGUUUUAUAAUAAUUAUUAAUGAAAAGUAGGGUAGAUUAUAAAGAAGUGAAUAAGAAUGUUUAUAAGCAUAAUAAUUACACAUUAUCAUUUGA